GGUUAUUCAAAACACACAGAAGAAACGCGGGCAGGAGAAGCAGGAGAACCGCCACAAACUACUAUAAACUUUUAUACCAAUAUUUAUCUCUUUAUGUAGCGCGCCAGAAACGUGUUCGGUUUGUGAAAAUGAUGCCCACCACUACACGGAAGAGAAAGCUCGCCUCUCUGGACUCUGACAGUCACCCAGCCAAGAAGGGGGAGAGAGAGGAGAUGUCCCCCCUGAAGAGGAGGUCCCAGAGAAAUCUCCAUCAGUCUCCAACCAAAAAGAAGCCUGCUGGGCGUCUGGACAAGGAGAACUGUCCUUCACCACAGAAAUCCCCACGUAGACCAGCAGUCUCUCCGGCCAAAACGCCUCGUAAACCCACCGUCGUUACAAGCUCCUUCUAUGGCAAGAACAAGCCAAUCUAUCUCACUCCGCUAGAGAGGAAGGCGAUAAAGGAGUCUCUGCCUUCCCCUCCUCCUCUUCCAUCACCUCCCUCCCAGGCAAAAAAUCCAGAAAGGAAGAACAAGAAGAAUUUAAAAGGAGGCAGAAAGCCGAGAAAGGUGUCUGCAGGAUCCAGUAAUGCGGGGAAGAUGGUUAUGAAAAGCUUUUCGACAUCCACGAAGACGAUCAAGCUGUCAAAACCUAACAGCAGUGUCACUGCUAAACCAGCACCUACUGCAACUGCUGCUCCCGCCAGUAGCAUCAAACCAACAGAGUCCAAGAAAGCAAUCACCAUCACUUUCAGCAGCCGGAAGCCCAAACCGAAGAUAUUUGUUGGAGCUGCUUUCUUCGGUACAGGGAAAAAACCUAUGUCCAUGUACAAGAAAUCUGCGCAAAAGUCUUUGACAAGGCCAGCUUCAGUUCAGAAGAAAAAGAAAGCUGCGCUGCCACAAACGCAGAGUGAGAAAUCUACGCAACAGCAGCCGCAGCAGCAGAAACCUGCUCUGGUGAUGAACCAACAACAUAAACAUCCUCAAGAGACUGCUGUCCAGCCAGUCGUGGCAGAAGAGGAGCAGCAGAGCACCAAACAGAGAGCAAAGUUUGAUCCGACAGACUGGAUGGACUGUAUUGAUGAAGAGCCUAAAACUCCACAGCCAUUCAGCUCACCUAAAGUCUUGGCAGAGAAACAUGGGAUUACCAAGCAGCUGGUGGUUAUGCUGACAAGGACCCCAUCACCAAGCUCUGCAGCUGCAGCCCCAUCCACCACUCCUCGGGAUGGUUCUCUGGCAGACGGGGGCUCUGAGCCCGUCUUUGACCUGAGUGAUAUAAGUCCAACCAACGCUGCCUCCAGCCCCCCCAAAGAAUGUGCAGCGGUGUAUCCCAUCUUUGGCUCCGCCGCCAAGAGGUUAAAGAACGCUGCUCUGCGGCCUCCAGUGUCCAGCAGCACCCCGUCUGGCCCCAAAACACACAAAUCACUGCAGACUCCUCCUCCUUCAGCUAAAGAGCGAAGUGCUCGCAGGAGGAAAGAGAAGCAGGAUGGCGACCAACUCAUUAUCGAUGCAGGUCAGAAACAGUUUGGAGCAACAACCUGCAGCUCAUGUGGGAUGGUGUACAGUGCAGACAAUCCAGAGGACAAUUUCCAACACACCCAGUUCCACCAGCGCUUUCUCGACUCCAUCAAAUUUGUGGGUUGGAAGAAGGAGCGGGUGGUGGCCGAGUUCUGGGAUGGAAAAAUUCUCCUGGUGAUGCCAGAUGAUCCAAAAUACGCCAUCAAAAAGGCUGAGGAUGUGCGUCGUGUAGCGGACAACGAGCUGGGUUUCCAGCAGGUGACUCUGAGCAGACCCACACAGGCCAAGACCUACCUGUUCAUCAACACGGAGCGACUGGUGGUGGGAUGUCUCGUCGCUGAACCCAUACGACAGGCUUACAGAGUCCUUGAGCAGCCAGAUCGACACAAGGAUAUGACCAAGGACGACUUCAUGGAGCGACACAGAGCCUGGUGCUGCUCCACUGUCCCGGAACAAGCUCUGUGUGGGAUCAGUCGGAUCUGGGUCUUCAGCCUGGCCAGACGGCAGGGCAUCGCCACCCGCAUGCUGGACACCGUCAGGAGCAGCUUCAUGUACGGCAGUCAUCUAACCAAGGAGGAAAUUGCCUUCUCUGACCCGACACCUGACGGCAAACUGUUUGCAACCAAGUACAGCAACACACCAGCCUUCCUAGUUUACAACUUCAUCGCAUGAAGUUUGGAAAGAAUUUAAAACAAGGAUUAACGCUACAGUUCAGCCUGUUAAAUCAGUAAUGUAAGUCCUGCACAUUAACAGAUCUGUUGGAUUGUCUUUCAUAUGCAAAACAGUAAUGUUCAGGUUGGUGUUAGUUGGUACUGAAAACUGUGUCUAAGCUUCAGUUGCAUAAUUAUUGUGCGUUCUAAUCCGGAUACAGUAGGCUUAGCAGGUUUUUUUUUUUUUGUUUCACCUAUGACUUGGUAUUUAUACUCAGUGCCGCCCAUUUUACUGUUGAAUGUUGUGUGUAUAAUGGCAGAUGUUUAUAUUUUACUUAAGGAUCUUAAAUCUGGAGAGAUAAUAUUUCACAUUUCUGAAUAUUCCCACGUAGCUAGCUUUGAUUCAUGUUGUGUUUUGCAUCAAAGAAAACUGAAGCCUCCUUUUUAAAACUUUAAUUCAAAAGUUCUGUUUUUUUUUUCUUGAUACAAGCUCGAGGUUUUCAGGCGUCUUUGAAGGGAAAAUAUGUUUAUAGACACUGACCUGUUGAAAGGUGGAUACCACCGUUGUUUUUAUUGGCUUUCAGCUUUGUAAAUAGAUUUAAUAAACCUGUUGCCUUUGUUUUAUGAACCUAGACUUGAUUGUUGGAAAUGUAUCUAAUUAUUGCAGGAGCAUUUCUAUUAGAGCAUAUUCUCCAUUUCAGAUCAUGUUUGAGUGGAGAUUUCAGUUUCCACGGUAAAUCCACUAACCUGCUUGUUUCAACUGUAUCACAUAGUCAUCAGCAGAUGUUGUUUGCUGGAAUGUCACUAAUCAAAUUAUGUAGCACUGCUCAGAAUAGAAAGUUUGAACAUCUACAGCUCCAUGACAGAGUAAAUUUAGUCUACUGAUGAAAACCAUGCAAUAUGGUCAGAAGCUCCAGAACAAA